AAACAUGUAGGCAGCAAUUGCCAAAUCAUAACUGCCUUGGUUUCAGCGCUAUCCUCGCCUUGCUUCAAUAUAGAGGACGUUCAUUUGAUUACUGGGACCCGGCGUUUGCGCCUUUUCGAGCCCUCACUUUCAACUCAAGGGUCUCGUAAAAAUGUCGGAGGACGCCAACAAUCCUCCGGCGGAGGACCCAGAGUUCGACGUGGUCGCGCGAUACCACGAGAUAUUAGCCUCCGACCCCGACCUUACCAUGCCCGUUGCCGCAAUCGAAGCUCUCAUCGAAGCGAUCACGGCUAACACCCAGGUCACUACCGUUGCAGAGACCAUGGAACUGCUUGAAGAAUACACGGGAAAGCUCAAGGCAUCGGUGCCGAACCAUAUCUCGCUGUCGGCCGGCACCGAUCUCUUCCAACGGUACCUUGUGCACACGCUCACGCGCACUUCAAUCAUGAACGGCAGCUUCACCGCGAUUAGGAAUCAUCUGCUUUCUAGUGGGCGGCUCUUCGUUGCCAAUGCCAAGGCUAGCCGGGAGAAGAUUGCGGAAUACUACAAACACUUGCUGAAAGAUGGGGUUACCAUUCUCACGAAUGGAGGAUCCAGAGUGGUCAGCGCGCUGUUACGAAAGGCGGCGGAGAGCACCCUCCGAUUCCAGGUCAUCUAUGUCCUUUCGCCGGCGGAAUCUGCGGACUCGAGAGAGGGCCAUAGUACUGUUGCCGAUCUGAGGGCUCACGGUGUACCCGUUGCUACCAUCCCGGACUCUGCCGUCGCAUACUGUUUGGAGAAGGUGAACAUGGUGAUUGUGGGCGCAGAGGGUGUUGUGGAGAACGGAGGUAUCAUCUCGAGGCUUGGAACAUAUCAGAUGGGUUUGUUGGCCAAGAGCAAGGAAAAGCCAUUCUACGUUGUCACGGAGAGCCAUAAAUUCGUUCGUCUCUUCCCGCUCGGACAGUUCGACCUGCCGAUCAAGCAAAAUGUGUUGGAGUUCAAGGCUGGCGAUGACGCACAGGAGACUACUGAGGCGGGAAGGACGACCGAGGAUAGAGGAGCCACGGAUAUAAACCCCAACCCUACCUCUUGGAAGUGCUCCGGCCUCAAUCCGCAUGAUGCGGUCGAUUAUACACCGCCGAGACUUAUAUCGGGCAUCAUCACGGAGUCUGGAGUGAUGACGCCUUCGGCUGUGUCUGAGGAAUUGAUCAAGAUUUGGUUCUGAGCGGUUUUCCACGCCGGCGUACCUGCCGCUACACUUCCCCAACUCUGCUCACGACAGAUUUAUCCGCGCCGGGCCUCCGAUCGGGUCUCCUCAGUGGAGACCAAAUCAAGAGAUACCGACGGCAUAAGGAGCCGUGGGGACCUUCCCUCGGGAUUGACUGCGCCGGUCCCUUGGGAAGUACGGGUCGCUCGCUAGGAAGACUUAGCCAGACCAUUUCUUGCUGGAUUGAAAGAAGGACAGCGAGGCAUGCAGAGUCCCUGCAUCGCAUAAACAGGAGGCAGUUGGUUCCCCAUCGCGUAGGCGAAUGGGGAUUGGUUGGGGGAUGGAAUGGUGGAUACGGUGGGUUGCAUGGUGGUAGCGGGAUGAUGCUUCGACUUGGUCGAUGUAGAGGUGUAGAUGCAGUAAUACAUAUUCAAACCCAGCCUUUCCAAGGGUUGAGGAUUGGCUUGUAUUCUCUGAUAACAGAAUCCAAGACGAGAGGU